GUUUGCGGAGUCACAUGCGAUGCCACAUUGGAGAAAUGCGUUUUCCCUGUAAAAAAUGUAAAAAACGUUUCAGGUUACGUUCUGAUCUCGAAAAACACAGGAUCAUUCAUAGAGAAGAAGAACAGCCUCCUAUUAUCUUUAAGAAAUCCCGCGGAGGGUACAAGCCAAGUUAUGUAAUUAAAAAUAACACGUUGGUUCAUACUGGAAGAAUGCCCUUUUCCUGUGAAGAAUGUAAGAAGCAUUUCCACCUAAGUUCUAGUUAUGUAAAACACAUGAGAACCCACUCAGGAGAAGUGCCAUUUUCCUGCAAAAAAUGUAAACAACGUUUCAGCUUAUUUUCCUGCCUCGAACAACACAUGGAAAGACAUACAGGAGAUAGGAUUUUUUUCUGUAAAGAAUGCAGCAAAAGAUUCUGGUCUGGUUCUUCUUUUAAAAAUCACAUGUUAACUCAUACAGACGCUAAGCUCUUUUCCUGUAAAGAAUGCAGCAAAAGCUUCAAGACUAGUUAUCUUCUUAAAAAUCACAUCAUGUACUCACAUGGAGAAACGCUCUUUUCCUGUAAAGUAUGUAAAAAAAAUCUCAGCAAUCCUUGCAGUCUCAAAACACAUAUGAAAACCCACACAGGAGAAAGGCCUUUUUCAUGUAAAGAAUGCAGCAAAAGCUUCGGCCAACUUUCUCAUCUCAAAUGUCACAUCUUAACUCAUACAGGAGAAAAGCCUUUUUCAUGUAAAGAAUGCAGCAAAGGCUUCAGUACUAGAUAUUCUCUUAAUUAUCACAUGUACUCACACACAGGAGAAAAGCUCUUUUCCUGUAUAGUAUGUAAAAAAAAAUUCCACUCUCCUUCCAGUCUCAAAACACAUAUGACAGUCCACACAGAAGAAAGGCCUUUUUCCUGUGAAGAAUGCAACAAAAGCUUCAAGUGUCGUCCUGCUCUUAAGCGUCAUAUGGUGACACAUAAAAGAGAUAGGCCUUUUUUCCUGUAAAGUAUGCAACACAAACUUCAGGUCUAGUUCUUCUCUUAAGAUUCACAUGUUCUCACAUACAGGAGAAUAGAUAUUUUCCUGUAAAGUAUGUGAGAAACAUCUAAGCAAUUCUUCUGGUCUUAAAACACACAUGAAAAUCCACACAGGAGAAAAGCCUUUUUCCUGUGAAGUAUGCAGCAAAAGCUUCAGGCAACGUUUUAAUCUCCAAUUUCACGUCUUAACUCAUACAGGAGAAAGGCCUUUUUUUCGUGUACAGAUUGUCACAAAUCUUUCUUUCAACGUUUUCAACUGAAUUGUCACAUGUUAACUCACACGCAGCACAAUCUAGGUGUAUAAGGAAAAAAAUGAUUUUAUCACAAUACUUCAUUUGGUGAUACUUUUAUUGAUUUAAGAUGCUGCCAAAGCGAUAUUUAAGUAAGCAAACAUUUAGUUUAGUGGCAUACUUUUGUUUUCUUCUUAAACUCCAACCACUAGUUGACGGCACACCAUGCUGUAAGAGGAAUUGUAAUGAUAUAAUUUAUGUUGUUUACCUCUUUCCACGUUGGAGUGAGCUGUACCUAAAUUUCAUUGUAACAUACAAUGACAAUAAAGGCAUUUGAUUCAAUUACA